AUGCGAAACUCGUCUGCGAAAUGGUUUGGAUCCAAUGUGCUUGAUUCGACAUCAGGUGCACUAUUUGAAGGUGUCGUGGAUACAGAAAUUGUUGAUCUGAAAGACGGACUUAAGUUAGGAGUAUUUGGUGUUUGCACGGAGGAAACCCCGACGUUGUCGUUUCCGGGUGAUAGCGUCGAGUUUGAGAAUAUUUUUUCCACCUCUCGGCGGUGUGUUGACGCUUUAAAAGCUAAAGGAGCAGACUUCAUCCUGGCACUUACACAUUUGUCGAUUACGCAGGAUAAAAGACUUGCUCGCCAAGUACCUGGCAUCGAUUUGGUGCUUGGUGGACAUGACCACGACCCGUUUACAAUGUACGAAGGCAAUACAUUCAUUCACAAAUCAGGACAAAACGCUCUUUGGUUGGCAAAGCUCGAGUUUGAAUUGAAGCGGUCAGCGAAAUAUCCCGAACGUGGACUUGUCGUCUUGCCGCAAUGGAGUAUGAUUGCAAACGCAUACCAGCCACCGCAGCCGGCGUGCCAGCAAAUUCUUUACAAAUACAUGCGCCAAAUGGAAAGUGAAAAUGAUCCGGGAAAGAAUGACUGUGUAUUGGCUACCUUGGCAACUUCAUUGUCAACGCGAACAGCACUUUUGCGAGCUGGAGAAAGCAAUGGAGGUAACAUGGUCGCAGAUGCUUUACGCAGUGAAUUAUUCGCUGAUGUGGGUUUUAUCAAUGGAGGCUUUAUCCGAGGAGACAAGGAGUAUUCCGCUAAGUCUAACAUCACAGUCGGCAUUUUGAAGCACGAGAUGCCGUUUCCGCGGCCUGCUGUUCUUGUGCGAAUUCAAGCUAGCGACCUACGUGACGCGUUGAUUCAGCAUUUGUGCAAAUACCCGCAGCAGAGCGGCUCGCACCCUCAUGUGUCUGGACUACGCUUGACCAUCGACAUGCAUUCAGACCCCCCAGCGAUUACUAAAAUGGUAGACGUCAAUGGCAGGCCGGUGGACAUGAAAAUGGAGCUCCUCGUGGCCACGUCCAAGUUUGUUGCUAGUGGCGGCGAUGGCUGCACAUCAUGGCUAAAGGGAGAUAUUCUACGUGAGGCUGCUAAAGUUCCUGAAGUCGUGGCCGACUUCAUGAUGAAAAAGCGGCUGCUGGCCUAUCCGGAGCACGAAGGUCGCAUCACAAUUUUCGAGUGA